UCGCUGUGUUCACGCGGCUGGCUGUGUUGCUGAGAUGUCUAGUACACUCAGUUGACUGCAACCGAAGUUGGAAAGUGUAAGGUGGAGCUGUCCGAGGGUUGAGGUGGUAGAGUUGACAGAGGCGAAAUCCCAGGAAAAACUAUAUUUGCGGAAUUAUUGAAUCAAGAAUCAAGUGGAUGAUCUAAAAGCAAGCAUACAUUCUCCUCCAGAAAAGGUUUCGCUGGAAUGGGUAAUCUUCUAAAAGUCCUUACAAGGGAAAUAGAGAACUAUCCACAUUUUUUCCUGGACUUUGAAAACGCACAGCCGACAGACUGUGAGAGAGAGGUGUGGAACCAGGUGAAUGCUGUUCUCCAGGAGUCCGAGAGCAUCCUGACCGGCCUGCAAGCCUACAAGGGGGCGGGUCAGGAAAUACGAGAUGCAAUACAGAAUCCUAAUGACAUGCUCCUUCAGGAGAGGGCUUGGAACUCUGUGUGUCCCCUUGUCAUCCGCCUAAAGAAGUUCUAUGCUUUUUCAUUGAAACUAGAGGAAGCGCUGAAGAGCCUUUUGGAGUCUCUGACGUGUCCGCCGUACACUCCUACUCAGCACCUGGAGAGGGAGCAGGCCCUUGCUAAACAGUUCGCCGAAAUCCUGCAUUUCACCCUCCGCUUUGAUGAGCUUAAGAUGAGAAUUCCAGCCAUCCAGAACGACUUCAGCUACUACAGAAGAACAAUCAGUCGAAACAGAUUAAACAACAUGAAUCUCGAUAUUGAAAACGAGGUCAAUAAUGAAAUGGCAAACAGAAUGUCUCUGUUCUAUGCUGAAGCCACACCUAUGCUGAAGACCCUGAGCACGGCAACAACAAACUUUGUGACGGAGAAUAAGACAUUACCUCUUGAGAACACCACAGACUGCCUGAGUACUAUGGCAAGUGUAUGCAAGGUCAUGCUGGAGACACCAGAGUACACGAGUCGAUUCAACAGUGAAGAUACACUUCUGUUUUGUAUGAGGGUGAUGGUGGGGGUUAUUAUCCUCUAUGACCAUGUGCAUCCUAACGGUGCCUUCAACAAAUCCUCAAAAAUUGAUAUGAAAGGAUGCAUUAAAGUCUUAAAAGAUCAACCAGCAGAUAAUGUUGAAGGUCUCCUUAAUGCCCUCAAGUUCACCACAAAACACCUAAAUGAUGAGUCUACUCCAAAAAAUAUCCGAACGAUGCUCCAGUAAUGGUUUUAAGUGAAGUGGGUCAAUAUUCUGACCUCUAAAGAUGUAUAUGUUUACAUUUAUUUAAGGACUUGAUGUUAAUACUUGGGUGUAUUUACAUAAUCAUUCCCUCCAAGUUACUGCAAUGUAAAGAAAGCAGACCUUUAUUCUAAACAAAUUGCCUAUACUGUCGACAAGCACAAAUGAAUAAAAACCAAGCAGCCUUAUGAAAAUUCAUGGAGAAAAAAAAUCAUUUGCCAUUUUGUUUUCAAAUUAAUAAGUUAUCAUGUUAACCAGAGGGGCUGAUGCAUUGGUUGCGAGUUACAGUGAAAUCAUUGGCUAAAGUGUUGUCAAUAUUGAAUGAGUAAAGUGUGUUGGGAUGGUUGCGCUUUUGUAUUUUGUAAUAAGACGAGAAAAGACA